CAAACUCGAAAACUCGAGAGCAAGUCCCAGUUUCCUGUAACCCACGCUAACGCCAACAGGCAACAUGGCAGCGUUCUUUAAAUUUACCUCUAAAACCAUUUCCUCAAACGGGCAGCUGAAGUCUCUGUUUUUCCAAGGCUCAUCUCCACUGUUUGCUCAAACAAAACAAAUUUGGAAUACACACUUGCUUGGAACAAAUCUGUUGUCAGGAUGCAACUCAGUUACUCCGUCACCAUUCCUUCUUGGCUCAAUUCAGAAAAGAAAUAUUACCUUACUUACCACAUUCAAAGUUGUUGAUAAUAGUACUCUUGGGAAAAGUGUGAAGAAGAAUCGCAAACCUUACUUAAUAGGAUUUUAUAGAAAAAGGAAGACUGCUGACCCUGGGGAUGUGAUAAGAGUUGCUGUGGCUGGAAAGACCAAUAAAGCAGUUGUCAUUGGCACAAGGAAAACAAAGCAUCACACAAUUCCAAGAUAUGACAACAACUGUAUUGUACUUGUGGAUGACAACCUUGCCCCCCUUGGAACACGAGUAAAAGCACCAAUUCCAACAAUUUUAAGAAAGAGACAAGAAAAAUUGUCAAAAGUGCUGGCUCUUGCCACAAGAUUUAUUUGAUGCUGUAAACAUGAGUGUGUUAAUAUUAAAAGUGUGUUCUUGGUAAAGGAA